UAAAACCCCCCACAUUAUUUUACACAUUGUUUGCCCUUUAUUACCAUAGAAAAGGCCCAGACUUCUCAUUAAAAUACUUUGUUUGCCAAAGGUAAACAGUGGUGAAUGCUGCUGUUAUUCCUUUCUGCGCAAACAUUCUCUUCCAGUGUGCCGGCGACACACCGACGCAUCGUUCAAGCCCAUAUCGAAUGUGCUCCACCGACCCAAAACCGAAACAUAUCGUAUAUAAUUUCACUUUCGACACAACUCGGCCCAUGUACAGGAUUUUCGAACUGGCCUAAGGUCAGAUUCAACACACACGCGUCACCAAACUCGAAACGCGACGUCACAGCGUAACUCCUCUCUCGGCUCUUUCCGGUCGAAGUGAGUACGGCUUUGCUCGCUGGCGUCGCGUUUCCUCCUCCAGAGUGGCAAAGUCUUAAAAACUCAGAAGGCCAGCGGAGGGAGGGAGGGAAAGCGCACGACUGUGGCCGGGAUGGCUCGCUUCGGAAGCGAAUUGGCCGCUUACUCCAUAGCGCAGUUAUCGGAGCUGCUCGAAGACGACGAGAAGCUCAGCAACAUCGUCCAGGACAUGGAGGAGGUGCAGAAGGUGCAGCAGAGCAAGGAGACGACCCUGGCCAGUAACCGGAACCUGGCUGAGCAGAACCUCCAGCUGCAGCCUACUCUCGACCUUCAGAAGAAUGAGCUCACCAAGCGCUACCGCUCCCUUCAGGACCUGUUUGAGGCCUACCAGCUGCGCAAGUCUACACUAGACCACAAGUCGGGCAGCAGCUCUUUGGACACGUUCCUAGCCCUGCUCCAAGCCGAAGGGGCCAAGAUCGAGGAGGAGACAGAGAACAUGGCCGACUCUUUCCUCGAUGGCGACGUGACCCUCGACUCCUUCAUCGACGAGUACCAGAGCAAGCGAAAGCUGGCGCACCUGCGGCGCGUCAAGAUCGAGAAGCUGCAGGAGCUGGUGCUGAAGGGUCCCCAGCUCCUCCAGGCCACGCCCACGGCCGACCCCGCCCCCAAGCCCUCAGCCCUCCAGAGGGAGCCUGGCGACACCCCCGUCACCCAGCCCAGACGGGCCCCGCCCCUGCCACCCAUCAAGAGCCCCCCUGCCUUCCCGCCGGCCCAGCCUCUGGUUCUGCUGUCCUACCCACCCAGGCCGUACCCUCCAAUCCCCCCCAGGGCGGGCCAGCUGGCGCCCAGCUUCAAUCAGCUGUACCCAUCCGUGUGCAUGGUCCAGUACCCCCCACCGGUCCCACAGCGUUCGGCCCCGCGCAUCGGCCCGCAGCCAGGCUUCAUCGUCCAGUGACUCCUGGGGCCCUGCUGUCCACUGUGAAGGAACAAUACGUACCCCGGACCCCGACCCGAGCCCACCUACAGCCUCUUCAGCCUGCACUCGUAUAAAGGAUCUCGUGCAUUAAGAUGCUGGAAGUCUAUCAUUAUGGGGGUUGUUUAGACAUUUCUACAGUUAAAAAAGUAGGGCAUGCCAUAUCUGCAAUGGGACUUGUUUUUUUUUUUGUUGUUGUGUGGUUUUUUUUGUUUGUUUUUUUGCGGGGUGG